AAAUAAAAAGCAAAAAGUCCCAGCGACGACAAAUGGAGGUCCUCAACUGUCCACUACUGUCGGUGAAUGUGCGCGUGUGGCGCUUCUGGUCAUUCGUGCUGGUGCACAACUGGCGACGGUACAUCAGCAUCAUCCCGGUGACGGCGCUGAACGUGUUCAUGUUUGCCGACCUGUACCGGGCCUGGGGCAACAUCGAGGAGGUCAUUAUUAAUGCUUAUUUUGCGGUGCUCUAUUUCAACGCGGUGCUGCGCACGCUGAUACUGGUGUACAAUCGGGACAAGUACGAAUCAUUCCUGGCCGGUGCGGCCAGCGUGUACGAGGAAAUACGAGCUAUCAACGAUGACGUCAUCACGAAACUCGUCUCAACGUACACUAAAAGGGCUCGCUUCCUGUCCAUCUCCAACCUCGCGCUCGGUGCGUUCAUCAGUGGGUGUUUCGUUGUGUACCCACUGUUUACCGGGCAGCGGGGCCUACCGUACGGGAUGUUCAUACCGGGCGUGAACAAUUUCGACUCACCGCAGUACGAAAUCUUCUACAUCACCCAGCUGGUGCUGACGUUCCCCGGGUGCUGUAUGUACAUUCCGUACACGAGCUUCUUCGCCUCGAGCACCCUGUUCGGGCUGGUGCAGAUCAAAACGUUGCAGCAUCAGCUGAAAACCUUCCGCAGGUCGGAAAUGCUCAACGAAAGCACGGCGGUGCUCAACCGAAAGCUUCAGAAGCUGAUCGAAGAUCACAAGCGAAUUAUUCGCUAUGUGCAAGAUCUCAACGAUCUGGUGACCUAUAUCUGCCUGAUAGAGUUCCUGUCGUUCGGAUUGAUGCUGUGCGCGCUGCUGUUCUUACUUAAUAUUAUCAGUGUGAUGGCUCAGAUCGUUAUCGUUGGAGCGUACAUUUUCAUGAUCCUCACACAAAUAUUUGCCUUCUACUGGCACUCGAACGAGGUGCGGGAGGAAAGCAUGGCCAUCGCACAGGCCUCGUACAGCGGACCGUGGCUGAAUGUGGAUGAAACUAUUAAAAAGAAGCUUCUCAUGAUGACGAUCCGUGCCCAGCGUCCACUAGAGAUCACAGUCGGUAACGUGUAUCCGAUGACGCUGGAAAUGUUUCAAUCACUGCUGAAUGCGUCCUAUUCGUACUUUACGCUUCUGAGAAGAGUUUACAAUUAAAAGAUGGCAAUGAUAGCAUGAGCUUAACGCGACAAGUUUGGAAGCAUAGUACGCCCACCAACGCCCACCCACAUACUUACAACUUUACACUUUGAUAACCACAAAAAAGGCUACGGGAGCCCAGCGAAGGCAAGGCAAAAAGACUAAAAGCCACCGAAAAUCGUGAUAAAUCAUCCA